UGUGUGGCUUGCCGUAGAUACCCGGUCUUGUAGGUCGGGCAUGCCCGUGAACCAUCCCCUGCGAAAUUCUCUGCCAGCGCCUUAAAGAGGGCGAUUAACGUGCCCUUACAGAGAUAUGUGACACAAACGGCAUUUAACGUUGUCUUUCUGUCCAGCGGAUAAGCAGUAAGUUCAGCAGAAGCGUGCGGAAAAUUGCGAGCAGGAGCCGAAAAGUGUCCGUCCGUUUUGUCCUACAAAGGCGCGGAGUGUUUGACAGCGGCAGGGCCCAACGGUAGUGAACCGCCUGAGGAGGAGGACGGCAUCCAGAGGUCUACAUGAAACAAUAAAGACGGUCCUCUCUGUGCAGGAAAGCAAGCGCCAAAAUGAGGAAGGACGUGAGGAUACUUCUUGUAGGGGAGCCUAAGGUGGGGAAGACGUCCCUGAUUAUGUCUUUAGUCAGUGAGGAGUUUCCAGAUGAGGUUCCACUCCGAGCUGAAGAGAUCACCAUCCCAGCUGAUGUCACCCCGGAGAGGGUGCCCACACACAUUGUGGACUACUCGGAAGCAGAGCAGUCAGAUGAGCAGCUGUAUCAGGAAAUAUCCAAGGCUAAUGUUAUCUGCAUAGUUUACUCAGUCAACAACAAGAAGUCGAUUGAGAAGGUGACGAGCCACUGGAUUCCUCUCAUAAACGACAGAACGGACAAAGACAGCAGGGUGCCAUUGAUUCUUGUGGGGAACAAGUCAGACCUGGUGGAGCACAGCAGCAUGGAGACCAUCCUACCAAUCAUGAAUCAAUACCAGGAUAUUGAGACGUGUGUAGAGUGCUCUGCAAAAAACCUGAAGAAUAUCUCCGAGCUGUUCUACUACGCCCAGAAGGCCGUUCUCCACCCAACAGGACCCCUGUACUGCCCAGAGGAGAAGGAGCUGAAGCCUUCAUGCAUUAAGGCUUUAACCAGAAUAUUUAAAAUCUCUGACCUGGACAAUGACGGCAUCCUUAAUGACAGCGAGCUCAACUUCUUUCAGAGAACAUGCUUCAAUACACCACUGGCACCCCAGGCGUUAGAGGACGUAAAGAACGUGGUCAGAAGAAACAUGAUGGAUGGAGUCAAAGACAACGGGCUCACGCUCAAAGGCUUCCUCUUCCUGCACACCCUCUUCAUACAGCGAGGUCGGCACGAGACCACAUGGACCGUGCUGAGGAGGUUCGGUUAUGACGACGACCUGGAGCUCACGCAGGAGUACCUGUUCCCCAUGAUAAAGAUCCUUCCAGACUGCACCACGGAGCUUAACCACAACGCUUACCUCUUUCUGCAGAGCGUCUUUGACAAGCAUGACAAAGACAGAGACUGCGCGCUGUCGCCAGAGGAGGUGAAAGACUUGUUCAAAGUGUUUCCCUACAUGCCCUGGGGUCCAGAUGUAAACAACACAGUUUGCACUAAUGAACAGGGAUGGCUCACAUACCAGGGAUACCUCUCCCAGUGGACGUUAACAACAUAUCUAGACGUGCAGCGCAGUUUGGAGUACUUGGGUUACCUCGGCUACUCUAUCAUCUAUGAGCAGGAAUCCCAAGCGGCUGCAAUUACAGUGACCCGUAACAAGCGCAUUGACCUGCAGAAGAAGCAGACCCAGCGCAGUGUCUUCCGCUGCAACGUUUUAGGAGCACGGGGCAGCGGGAAGAGCGGCUUCCUCCAAGCAUUCCUCGGCAGGAACCUGCAGCGACAGAGGCGGAUUAGAGAAGAGCACAAGUCCUUCUAUGCCAUCAGCACGACUUACGUUUACGGUCAGGAGAAGUACCUGCUGCUCCACGAGGUGAUGCCGGAUUUUGACUUCCUGACGGAGACAGACUUGUCCUGCGAUGUGGUCUGCCUGGUGUAUGACAUCAACAAUCCUCGCUCAUUUGAGUACUGCGCAAAAGUGUACAAGCAAUACUUCAUAGACAGCAAGACGCCGUGUGUGGUGAUAGCCGCCAAGUCGGACCUGCACGAGGUGCGGCAGCACUACAGCCUCUCGCCGCAUGACUUCUGCCGGAAGCACAAGCUCCACCCACCCCAGCCUUUCACCUGCAGCACGAACGAAGCCCCCAGCAAAGACAUCUACACUAGACUCACCACCAUGGCCAUGUACCCGCACAUGGCUCAGGCAGACCUGAAGAACUCCACCUUUUGGCUGAGGGCGAGCGUCGGUGCCACAGUGUUUGCCGUGCUGGGCUUCGCCAUGUACAGAGCGCUUCUCAAACAGCGGUGAUCAGACAGAACCAGACUUCCCCUCCCUGGUCCUUCUGUUGACUCUGCCCCUUCUCCUCCCACCCCCAUCUCCCACCUCUUCUACCUGAGGAAAGAAAAGACUCACAAAGACUGCCUGACCCACCAGCCAGGCCUCAUCGCUUGGUCAUCAUGAACAAAUGUGCAGACUUAUAGGUACCUUUUAUAUAAGGGAGUGUGGUGUCUUUCUCCUUCUUUAUGUUUUGAGGAAGGGUGCAGGUUACGUUUGAAACAUCACCUCAGUUUGUAAAUGCUGGCAUCGUUUGGUCUGUUGGUUUAGUCUAGGUGAGGUUAGACAUGAGUAGUCAGCUGGUCCAGUCCUCUUUUUAAUUCCCCCACCUCCUCAGGUCAGUAUAAUUAGAUAUUUGGACACCAGAGAGAGGCAGACAUCCACAGAUCCACCACAAAGGGACUUGAAUCUGUUUAUAGAUAUGUAUAUGCAGGUAUUAUGUAUGUAUUCCUUUAAAGAAAACAAACAUUUUAGGAUCAAAGCUAAAGCCAGAAUAGGAGGCGAUGGGACAAACAGCGCUGCAUCUAACACUAAAAAGGUCACGGAUGCCGUGCACUUGUUUAUUUUGUGUGUUUAAUUUAUUAACCUGUUUCUCUCUCUCGUCUGUUUUCCGAGUGCACCGCAUGAAACUCUGGGAUUUUUUUCUUUUUCGUGUAUUUUUGUAUUUAGUAUUAUCAAAGCCAUUUUCAUGGUGAACGACUACCUGCUUUCUGUUUUUAUUUUUGUUUUUCUGCCUUUCGAAUAAAGCUUUUUCCCUCCUUAUAUUUUUAUGAAGUUAGAGGCACCGUUGAAACCAGGCAUCAUCAUAUUAACAGCUAUUCACCCUUUUCCCCACCUUGAGUCUUCUCAUUCUUCAUCUUCGGCGUUUUUAAUAACGACUUGUGCCGUACGGAUGCUGGUGGACAAGGACAAAUGAAAUGGUUUUAAAUAUCUGUAAUAAAUGACCUUUACAUCCA